UUGGAUUUCGGAAGCAGCUCGAUGCUUGCAGGCAACUCUUGAAAGCAUAGAGAUGCGGCUCAAUUAUUUGCACGCGCUGCGGAACCCAAACCAACGUGCCCUCCUGCCAACGAUCCGUUUAGGUGGUAGGUUAGCAAACAGUUCAAAUCCUUGAUCCGGUCGACCUAGUUCGGGUCAAAGUGAGUUUGGGUCUGAGUGCCCAGUUAUAUUAUCUCGUAUAAUUGGACAACGCCCAGGAAUUCCUAUACUGGAUACAUUGAUUGAGGAGGGUCGCAAGCAGGAUGCAGAGAGGGAUGCGAAGAAACGGGUAGCCGACAGCGAGCCGGUCGGUUGGAGGGUUAGUCCUUGUUCCCGGUGCCAUCUUGCGAUAGUUUGCGUGCCAUGGUCAUCACAGUACCACCUUGGUCGACGAAUUGUUGCACAAGAUGCCCAACGCCAGGCGACGUCACGAGCCACACAAUUCUGAUCAUUCCUAGUGUACAUAUAUAUAUAUAUAUAUAUGUGUGUGUGUGUGUGUGUUGGAAACAUUCUAGGGUAGGGCGAUGUCCAGUCGGGUGGCGACUGUCACCUUCGGGUUGUUGUCUAGACCAUUCCAUCAGAGAUAGGCACAGCCUCUGCCCGCAAGUCGACGGUCAUCUUCAGGCUGAAAAUCUCUAUCAAAACACGAGCAAGAUCCUGGAGGGAAUUGGCAUAGCUUGCCUUCCUCAGCAGGCACAAUUGUCGUGUUCCGGACGAGAGAGCAGGAGGUCCUAUUCAUUACAUCAUUCCGGCUAUGGAAUCUGUGAGGGAAGAUCACCAUGAGGUGAAACAAGUGUGGGUGAUGGGAGCAGUAGAGGUAGAUGUCGUGAUGAUAGGGUGCGAUGGACGGAGGAAGAGGCAGUGCACUCACCACGUUGACUUGGAUUUAAUCCAAGUCUCCGAAACCUCGGCCUGCAAUUGAAUCAUGCAACGUUACAUUAAUGAACAUAAAUACACACACUAAAGCCCAUAAAAAAAACGUGACAACAGCUAUACGUCACAAGAGGGGAAACAAAAAUUAAAAAUUAAAAAUUAAAAGAUAACCGGCAGCUGGAGUUUCCUCCCUGGUAGGUGACCGGCACAGUCCGGCUUUGUCCUUUUACUUUUGAGUUGGAUGUAUCUUUUAUUCUUUCGAUCUUUCUUUCUAGGUCGUCUUCUUCUUUUUGGCGUGUCAGCGGCAGCGGACCCGAGCUCGGCGAAACAGGCGGACGAGUGCCGCUGGGGAGGGGCUUUUAGUGCAAUGUGGGUCAAGAACGGGGACACAGAUUUCCUCUCAUACCUUCCAGUAAAGCGUAGUAGUAGUUGUGAAGAAAGAAUCCCACCGAAGCGUGGUCUCCUCUUAUUUUACAAACGAGACUAUUUUCCGACGAGUGCUGAUGAGGAUAUUGCUUCACAGCUUGGGUUGUUUGAUUCUGCAACCUUUUCGUUAGACCCAGUCCCGUGGCAAGCUGCCGCAGGGUUGAGAUUUACAGGCAGUAGGGGCUGUUUUCCCGAACCAUGCAGGGUUAGUUCAAAUCCUCGUCGUGGGGACUUCGUGUCUUGUGGCUUUUGAUGAAAACAUGGGGUCUACUUAGGCUUUGUAGAGUAGUUGCUGGAGGAGCGGCAGGCUGUAGAUCAAUUUGUUAUGUGAAUGGUGUCAAGUAGAGGUUUCUCGAUUGACGCACCCGGAGAUGAGUUCUCUGAUUUUUUGCGUCCAGGGUUGACCCCUAGGGUGCUGGACUUUCGAGCGGUGGAGGCUGUUGUCGUUGUUGCAUGAGCAGAAUUCGAGGGUGGUUCUCUGAUUGGGCGUGUUGAGUGAAGUCGCCCACCAGGAGUUUGAUUUGGAUGACGAGAAGUUGCGCAAAAUUGGGCUUGACUUAAGUGGUGAACACUCUAGGUCCCUAGAAAGGAACUUGGACUGAUCAGACUCUUGCUUGGAAAUUUAUGUCGCUAGCUUAGCAGCUUCGCAAAUACUCGCCGUUUGGUAUCGAGUGUGUAGUUAAGGGUGGGAGUUGCGGCGGUAUGACUCUCGAGAGCGUUGCAUUGGAUUCUGGCUGUAGGCUGAAGAUGAAGGAUUACACAGCGUGGCACUCCCGAGUCAGUAAUCUCAUAUAUUAUCUACUGUUACUAGCCGUCGGUGCAAUUCUCGGCGUCGUUACCACAUUGAACGCUGUCGGGUAUCGCAGCAACCCCGAAAGCGGGUUUCUCACAGGUGGAUUCACGGCUUCUCCUCCGCUUGCUGAUGAGCGUCCCAAUGCACCCACGACGAAUGAUUCACUCCCGACAACAGUAGUAGGUGAUCUAUUCAGAACCAACAUCACCAGUUCACUUAGUGCUCAAGGACAAAAUUACUCGGAGUCUGAGGAUGUAGAAAUUUCAGUCUCGAGUACCACGGGCACAAAUGACGCGGAUACAGUGCAGCUGGUUACCUCAUCAUAUGUAGACCCUGAGCCGAGCUCUGUAUCUACAAAUUCAUCGGCAACAUCCGUGGAGGAUUUGCCGUUGGGUACGGGCGAACUGGUGAUGAAUUCAACUGAGGCAGAUAUUGACUGGGAGGAAACUGCAGAGGGUGGUGCGGUGGAGGUUGGGGAGGUCGAUUUUUUACCAGAGGGUCCAACCUCAAUUAACACCUCCCUCCUUGACGAGGACGAUUCGUUCGAGAGGACCGAACCGCUCCCGAAAUUCGACUCGGAGUUCAUCUUGAUGCCGAACUCUGUGGAUCUGUCUAAUCUGUCGGAUGUGCACCAUGACUUGACUGAUGAAGAGCUUCUGUGGCGCGCUUCAGCAGCGUCGAUGGGCCGACGUCGCCCCAAAUCGGUCACUCCCAAAGUAGCUUACAUGUUCCUCACACGAGGUCCUUUGCCCAUGGGUGCUUUGUGGGAGCGCUACUUCCGUGGACACGGUGAUCUAUACUCAAUUUACAUCCACGGACACCCCAACUACCUCCCCAAAUUUCCCUUGAAUUCUGUAUUCUACCGUCGUAACAUCCCGAGCAAGGAAGUGUUUUGGGGGAAGUUAUCGGUGUUUGCAGCUGAACGGCGGCUUCUAGCGAACGCUCUCCUGGAUACUGCAAAUGAAAUCUUCGUGUUGCUCUCCGAGUCGUGCAUUCCAAUCGCUCCACUCCCGGUGGCAUACAAGUACUACAUGGAAUCGCAGCACAGCUUUGUGGAGGCCUAUGUGAGCCUUGGGAGAGGAGGAAUUGGAAGGUACAACCGGAUCAAGGAUCGAAGGAAAUUGAAUCCCGUGAUCGGACCCUCACAAUGGCGGAAGGGAAGCCAAUGGUUCGAGAUGUCCCGCGAACUGGCCCUCACGGUAGUCGCCGAUCGCAAGUACUACCCUAAGUUCGAGGAUCUCUUGUGCAAAGGAAACUGCAUCUGUUACAUAGACGAGCAUUACCUCCCCACAGUGUUGACAAUCCUCGCACCCUCCAAGAUUGCAAACAGAACCUCACAUUACAUAGACUUCACUCGGAGUACCGCUCAUCCUCAUCAAUGGGACAAAGCACACAUCAACGAAUUAAUAUUGAAGAAAAUCACAUCUGGCCACAAUUGCACAUACAACGGCCAACUGACGCAGACGUGCCACAUGUUCGCUCGAAAAUUCAGUCCGGGGACAAUCGAGCCGCUUCUAGAGCUCGCAGCCACGAUUUUUGGCAUCCCAUGAGUUGCUUUUGAGGGACAUACAUAUUCCUUGUUACGCAAUCCCUGUACUAUAAUUAAUUUUUGCCUGAGAUCCACAACUUUUUAAUAUUCACCCUUCAAGCUUUUGGCCUGCAA